UGCCAUCUUGACACAUCUUGACAGCUGUCAAAUAUCAGCAGAAUUUCUGAACCCAAUUGUCAGCACACAGAUCUGUUUUUCUCUUAGCUUAUCCGCCGAGUUUCACAUUAUCGGAUCGUAAUGGCUACAUCUCUGGAUUCCGCCAAAGAAGAGAUCGAGUACAAACCAAUAAUCCUCAACGCGCAGCCAGAUCCAACACAACAAUCGGCAGUGCCGUCGCAGAGUCCACAGCCGCCAUCGAUAGUGCCGUCCCCGACGACCACAACAACAGCCUCAUCAGGUUUCGGAGUGGACGACCCGGAGUUUACCAUAAUCCCCAACCAGCAGCGCAACAAGACCAAGACAUUCUACUGUCCGAACUGCGGCAACUGCUACGGCGCCGCCGGGAGCCUGAAACUCCACAUCCGAGCAUGCCUUAAACAGAAGGAGAGCGAGGAGCGCGGACUGGAGGCUCGCAAGUGCAACAUUUGCGGGAAAGUGUACAAUUCCAUUAGUUACUUGAAAGAACACAUGCUCCGACACAGCGGCAAGGCGCCCAAGAAAUGUCCCAAGUGCUACCGGAAAUUCGUGGAGGACUCCAAGCUGGAGGAGCAUCUCAAGUCGCACGAGAACGACGCCAAGACAACCGAAACCGAGGACAAGAAGAUCAUCAAGGAGUACACUUGCUCGUUCUGCCAGAAGAACUUCACGGUUGUGUUCGACUCACGCUACACGAAACGUCGCUACGCGUGCGACGAGUGUCGCGAGAAAUUCACCAACGAGGAGAACCUCAAACAUCACAAGGAGUCGCUGGAGGAGAAGAAGGACUUCCGCUGCGAACGGUGCGGGCGACGGUUCGUGUUCGAGGGCUUUCUGCAGCGCCACGCGCCCACCUGCGACGGCACGAUCAAGCGGAAACGCGAUCGGGUUUUCUAAGGCCGACUGCACUCAUGUAAUAUCCUAGAGUUAUCAAGUACAGAACUAAAUGCAUACGCAUCGUCCCGCCACCGCGGAGCUCGCGGCGCCUCUCCUGCUGCGCGCUCCACAUGGCACCUUCCCGAUUUCCGGAACGAUUGGGAAGCGAAAUUUCUUUCUGUUUAAGUCUAGAUUUUAGUUUCUAAGGUUGUUCGAAGGGAAGCAAGAUUGAGAUGGGCUGGACGCAGCUCCGCAGUUGGGUGGAGUCGUGGCCAGUUCCCGUGAGGGUAUUCCGAUCUGAAGACGUUUUCCGAGGGGAAGUCGGCACCAGUUUAUUCUAAGGGCGCGGGACGAUGCACUGUAAACUAUUUUACUGUAUUGUAGCCGAAGUCUUAACAGUUCUUCUUUGAAAUGUUUCUUUUUUAAUUUUAUGUCUAAAUUUAAAUGAUAAUUAUAAGUAAAGUUGUAAGGUAUAUUGAAAAA